UCGGGGCGCUUGAAGGAGACUUGGAGUCGCCGCCGCCGCUGUCGCUGCUCCUGCUCCAUGAGGAAGAUGCUCGCGGCAGUCUCCCGCGUGUUGGCUGGCGCUGCCCAGAAGCCGGCAAGCAGAGUGCUAGUGGCAUCCCGUAAUUUUGCAAAUGAUGCUACAUUUGAAAUUAAGAAAUGUGACCUUCACCGGCUGGAAGAGGGCCCUCCUGUCACGACAGUGCUCACCAGGGAGGAUGGGCUCAAAUACUAUAGGAUGAUGCAGACUGUGCGCCGAAUGGAGUUAAAGGCUGAUCAGCUUUAUAAACAGAAAAUCAUUCGUGGUUUCUGUCACUUGUGUGAUGGUCAGGAAGCCUGCUGUGUGGGCCUGGAGGCUGGCAUAAAUCCCACGGACCACCUCAUCACAGCCUACCGGGCUCAUGGUUUCACCUUUACUCGAGGCCUUUCUGUCCGAGAAAUUCUUGCAGAGCUAACAGGACGAAGAGGAGGCUGUGCUAAAGGGAAAGGAGGAUCGAUGCACAUGUAUGCCAAGAACUUCUAUGGGGGCAAUGGCAUUGUCGGAGCUCAGGUGCCCCUGGGAGCUGGGAUUGCUCUGGCCUGCAAGUACAAUGGAAAAGAUGAGGUCUGUUUGACUUUAUAUGGUGAUGGUGCUGCUAACCAGGGUCAGAUAUUUGAAGCUUACAAUAUGGCAGCAUUGUGGAAAUUACCUUGUAUUUUCAUCUGUGAGAAUAACCGCUAUGGAAUGGGAACAUCUGUUGAGAGAGCAGCAGCCAGCACUGAUUACUACAAAAGAGGCGAUUUUAUUCCUGGGCUUAGGGUGGAUGGAAUGGAUAUCCUGUGUGUCCGAGAGGCAACAAGGUUUGCGGCUGCCUAUUGUAGAUCUGGGAAGGGUCCCAUCCUGAUGGAGCUGCAGACUUACCGUUAUCAUGGACACAGUAUGAGUGACCCUGGAGUCAGUUACCGCACACGAGAAGAAAUUCAGGAAGUAAGAAGUAAGAGUGACCCUAUAAUGCUUCUUAAGGAUAGAAUGGUGAACAGCAAUCUUGCCAGUGUUGAAGAAUUAAAGGAAAUUGAUGUUGAAGUAAGGAAAGAAAUUGAGGACGCUGCCCAGUUUGCCACAGCUGAUCCUGAGCCACCUUUGGAGGAACUAGGCUACCACAUCUAUAGCAGCGAUCCACCUUUUGAAGUGCGUGGUGCCAACCAGUGGAUCAAGUUUAAGUCAGUCAGUUAAUGGGAGAUGUGUGUAAUGAUGGGCUAUUUGUCAGCAACUAUAAGGAACAGCGUUGUCAACUUUAAUAAAUAGCAUGUAAAUUAAAUUGAAGGGAGAGUAAGUGCAUGCAGUUUUGUAUAUUGUUGUGUUAGAAGAUGUUGAGUGCUUGAGUGUUUUGUGAUUAUUAUAUUAUUGUAUUACCUAUUUCAGAUCUACAAGUCUAAUAGAGUUUAACCUUCUCCCAAAUAGUUGUUUGUCUGGUCACUAGAAGGAAGAACACUUCCUUGUGUACCUGUUCCAACCCUGCCACCUGUUUUGGCUAUGCCCUGAGAAGACGCAAUUCUGGCAUUGCACAGCUAAAGCCAUCAUUUCUUCAUAUUUUUUUUAUUAUUAUAACCAGGCAACAGGUGAAAGGCCAAACAACUAGUUUUCUCCAUUUACACAUCAGUGGUUACAGUCCUAUCACAUUUAGGUUCUAUACUAGUUAAUAAUGCUUACCCUACAACACCUGUCUCAUUUUAAACUACCAUUGUAUUUAAAAUAACAGAAUGCUGAGUCUCUUUUUCUGAGAUUCUCCUAAUACUCUAGGAUAUCAAAACUAAAGCUCACUAUUCACAUUACAUACAGUUCUAUAUAAUCUUUAAAACAUUCAUAAAUAAUAGGUUUUAAAAAAUGACACAAAAAAAUGACAAACUUCACCAGAUUCUUGAAUUAAUUGAACACAUCUUUUUCUUGUGUAAACUGAGCAGAAUUUGUGUAUACAUGUACAGAAGAAGCUUUAACCACAAGCAGGAGGAUAUGUGCUCACUGUGUCCUCCCAGCUUAGCUGAGUGUGAUUAAGCCUAGUCCUCUGUCACUGAGGACUCCUGAGCCUGCCUUCUGUACUGGGAGACUGCGUGCCACAGACGACAGAGGACACCACCACUGUGGAACAAAGGAGUUACCAUAAGAAAGGCAAAGUUCCAACUGACAACCCCAAAACUAAUCUAAGAUUGGCCAUCUACUCUUACAAAUGCAGUCCCAUUUUAAUUUAGAUAAUGAACAAAACCAAAAAUAUGUUCUCUUCCUGUGUGAAUAUAAUCCUUGAGUGCCAGCAGUGCUAGGACAUGGUAUUAGAAGUGUGCACAGGAGCGCUGAUGGAUUGGUGUAGAGGUGGCUAUUUUAAAUGACAUGGGAACAAGACCACGGGAGGGGUUGGGUCUAGUGCACUGGUACCUCAUGCCCAGCCCAAACCUGCCAAGAUUUUGGAGAGAGAAGAGGUAGUAUGUUUUCAAAGACACUGGAAAGGGAAUGAAUUUCAAAGAGGGGAAGUUACCAGCACUAUUGCCUACUUUAAUGUAUUUACCCAGAAAAGGUUCUAAUAAGCCGUUUUGAAGCUCUUACCGUAGUCUAAGGCAUCGUAAGUCUUCCUUAGUGAUAUCGUUAAGAAUAUCAGAAAGUGUAUAAUUUUCUUCAACAAUCUGAAACAAAGAUCAAAUACAUAAGAAAUAAGCAGCUUUUAACAAUAUCAUAGGAAUAGUUUUUGGUUAUAAAUUUACCUUUUCAAUUGUAUUUGCAUCUGUUCCUUGCAGUUGUAGCCAGUCUAUAAGCUCUUUAUCAGUUCCCUGCCUAGGAGGGGGUGCUAGGUUCUUUGUCAUACCUGUAACAAUUAGAAAUUUGUUUCAUUGUAUAUUAAUUGUAACCAUAAAACUCUUAAAAAAGUAACUAUCCAUAAUAUAAAAUGUGGUAUGAAAAGAUGUAUUAAACCUGUGUCAUUGAUCUGCUCUAA